CUGGGCUCAUUAAGAGCAGACAAUGUGAACACAGAAGCAAGGGACUCGUUGUCUCUUCCAAGCAAAUUCGGUAUUUUGUGGCUUCCCACACGUGGUUUUUGAUCCAGCCGGGACUUAGGUUUAUGAUCCUUUCCAUUAUUUCCAUUCCUGACUCCAUCUUGUCCAAGUUUGACCAUUUUGAAUUAUGGGAAGAACCGGCUUGGCGUUGCUUAUCCUCCUGAGUGUUGAAAUUAAAGAAAGCUUAGGGUGCUUCUGUGACAAUUAUCCUUGGAGUUCCUGGUCCAGCUGCUCAAAGACUUGCAAUUCUGGAACUCAAAGCAGAUCGAGAGACAGGAACUACGAUGACUAUUAUUUCAAGUAUUCUUGUGGCAUGUUGUGUACAUGGAGUGAAUCUCGGGCAUGUAGCCAGCAGUCAUGCCCUAUCAACUGCCAGCUCAGUGACUGGGGUGCCUGGUCAGAAUGUGAUCCGUGUGUUAAACAACAAAUUCGUGUCAGGUCUCUGCUCCACCCAUCUCAGUUUGGUGGUCAAGCCUGUACUGAACAGAUGGUAGAUUUCCGGAAGUGCUUCCCAACAAAAUUAUGUAACAUAGAGGAAGUUAAUUGUGAGAAUAAGUUCCAGUGUGAAAACGGACGCUGCGUUUCCAGAAAAUUAGAAUGUAAUGGAGAAAAUGAUUGCGGAGACAAUUCUGAUGAAAGGGAUUGCCGGAGGAUAAAGGCAGCGUGCAACAAACCAGCCCGUAGCCUGCCCAGCGUUCAGCUCAUAGGCCUCGGGUAUCAUCUAAUGGCUGGAGAAAGCCGAGGAGAAGUGCUGGAUUAUUCCUUCAAUGGAGGGACCUGUGUCCUGGUGAAGAGUGAAAGGACUACAUUUCGUGUGCCUGCAAACCUGGAGGCUGUCGGUUUUGAGGUGAAAAAUGAAGAAGAUGAUUUGAUAACCCAUUACUAUUCAGACCUAAAAUCCUUUGUACAUGGUAAAAGCGUAAACAGUUAUUCUGCAAAAAGCAGUGGAGGCUCUUCUGGACUCGCACCUUUUUGGGGAACAGUCCAAAACCAACAAUCAACCUCAUCUUCUGCCUUCCGUGAAGCAAUCAAAGCAUCCCAUACAAUGAAUUCAAACUUUAUUAGGAUCCAUAAGGUGAUUGCAGUGUCCAACUUCACAGUGAAGCCAUCUGACCUGCAGCUGUCUGGCGUAUUCUUAAAGGCCCUCAACAGCCUGCCUCUGGAGUACAACUAUGCCCUCUACAGCCGGAUAUUUGAUGAGUUUGGGACUCACUACUACACUUCUGGGUCACUGGGGGGCAAAUAUGACCUUCUUUAUCAGUUUAAUGAAGAGCAAACAAAAACCUCAGGUUUAACAGAGAAAGAAAGGGAAGAGUGUGUGCGGACAGAAACAAAAAAGUACACUUUCUUUUUUAAGAACACAGAGGUCACUUAUCAUUGCUCCAAGAGUCAAAUGACAGAGCGCUAUGAAGGUUCCAUUUUGAAAUCAUCUGAACGGUCUAUUUCCCUGGUAAAAGGAGGGCAGGCUCAAUAUGCUGCAGCUUUAGCCUGGCAAAAGAAAGGGUCUUUCCCAGGGCAAACUGUCUUUUCUGAUUGGCUGGGCUCAACAAAGCAAAAUCCAGUUGUGGUUAAGUUUGAGGUGGCCUCCAUUUUGGAUUUGGUAAAGAACAUUCCGUGUGCUGUAACAAAACGCAGAAAUCUCAGGAGGGCUCUUUCAGAAUAUACUGAGAGAUAUGACCCAUGUCGGUGUGCUCCUUGUCCCAACAAUGGGCAGCCUGUUUUGUCUGGAACUGAAUGCCUCUGUGUGUGUCAGGCUGGAACUUAUGGCGAUAACUGUGAGAUACGAGCACCGGAUCACACAUCAGUUGCAGUAGAUGGUUACUGGAGCUGCUGGUCUGCCUGGAGUCCCUGUGAUGCCACUUUUAAGAGGCGAAGGACCCGGCUGUGUAACAACCCCACACCCCAGAAUGGAGGAAAACCUUGUGAAGGGGAAAGGGAAGAGGAAGAAGAGUGCUAUGUCUCAUUACUUGCAGACAGGGGGGCUCCGUGUGUAAAUGACGAUGAAGGCCGAAGAGAGAUAGAAAUGUACGAGCCUGAAUCUGAAUCUGGAUGUCUGACGCCAAUACCACCAGAAAAUGGAUUUAUCCGGAAUGAGAAAACUUACUACUCAGUUGGAGAAGAGGCCGAAGUCAUCUGCCUGAAUGGACAUGACCUCGUAGGGUACCAGUUCCUUAGGUGCCUUCCAGACAAAACAUGGAAUCAGCAUGGUGUCGAAUGCCAACCGUCAGCUUGCUCCAGGCCGUUGUUUUCUGAUGCCAUCUCAAUUUCCCCAUUUAAAUUUCAAUACCAGAUUGGGGAAACCAUCCAGGUGAGCUGCCCAGAUGGUUUCAUUCUUACUGGACCAAAGAAAUACACCUGUGGGGAUGACCUUUCCUGGAACCCUCCUGUUCUGGAAUCACUGUCUUGCAAGAAACGUGAGCAAAUCAGUUCCAGAGGUAACUGCAGGCUUGGACAGAAAGAGGUGGAGUCCCAAUGUGUGUGCAUGUCUCCCGAGGAGGACUGUGAUCUCAGCUCAGAAAACAUCUGUGUACUGAAUGUCACAUCGGAUCAAGCCUUUACAAAACCUGGCUGUCAGUAUCUGGCAGAGAAGUGCAGGGGAGAGGAUCGGCUCCAUUUCCUCCAUCUUGGCCCUUGCAAUGACAACGCCGAUUUGAACUGGGCCAUUGCGAGGGCGAGUCUUUCAGCAAACAGCACGAGGAAGGAGCCCUGUGGUUAUGAUGAGUGUUAUGAAUGGGAAACAUGUUCAGAACACCGAUUGGAGUGUAUCUGCUUACUUCCAAACCAGUGCCCAAAGGAUCAGGGCCAGUUCUACUGUAUCCAGAUUGGCUCUGGGCGUCGAAAGAGGACCUCCACCCUCUGUACCUUGGGGGCGAUGAAAUGUGCCAAGAUGAGGACAGAAGUGUUGUAUCCUGGGAAGUGUUUGCCUUAAAAUGGAACUGAAUGCCUUCACUCUUACAGAAGGAAACAAACAAAUGUAUUUCAGUAACAUUCUCUCUAGAAUAAAUGUCAGUGAAUGUUAACACUUGGUUAUGUAUUUAUCACACUUAUUGAAAGAUAUAUAUUCUUUUUUAUGCUCCAAUGGCACUGAAUCACUGUGGUGUAGUGGUUAGCAUGUGAGAUUAGGACCCAGGGAAACUUGGGGCAUUUGAUCUGGGCAACCUUGGGCUCAUCUCUCUCUCUCUCUCUCUCUCUCUCUCUCUCUCUCUCUCUCUCUCUCUCUCUCUCUCUCUCUCUCUCUCUCUGAAUCUUCCUAACCUUGUGAGGAUAAGAAGGGGAAGGCAGAAACCUGUACAAUUUCCUUGGAGGAGAAGCAGGAUCAAAAUCAAAUAAUAAUAAAAUAUUGGAAGAGUCCUUGGUUCCCUCAGUUUUGUUAAUUAGAAGUUACUUCACAGUGUUAUUAGCUAUUUAAAAGGGGGAAAGACAACUGCCAAAUUUUGUUUCUCUUUUUUUUUGCCAAAUUGUGGUUCUGGGGUGAGGUCAAAAAGUAUUACACAUUUUUUGUUCUUGUUUUUGGAUUUUGUGUGGACCAGUAUGGCUGUACAACUUUUUCUACUUCAAGGAUACCUAAGUUCAGCCAAAAUAAAGAGAGGGAAUUGUUAAUGGAAUAAAAGCAGACGUGUACUCAAAACAAGAUAAUACUACCUAAAUUGGUUUUAAUUGACUAUAUUACCUUGUGCAGCACCUUAAAUUAAACAUUUGUUAAUAUCGAGACUAUAAGUACUUCCUAUGGCUCUCAGCCUACAAGGGAACUGUGAUCUCGAUUGGCAACUGAGAUGAUUUCUGGAUGGACUUUGUGUUUAUAAUUAAUGCAGCCUCCAAGAGACCCUGCUAUAAAUCUAUAUUUUAGCAACAAAGUAAAGAAGCUAAUUGUCUAUCAGUGUGGUGUAAUGGUUAGAGUGUUGAACUGAACCCUGCUCUGCAAUGGAAGUUCACUGGGUGACCUUGGGCCACAUUAGCUGAGUUGGGUCCCCGUUAGGGAGAAAGGCAUGGUAUAAAUGAAAUAAAUAAAUAAAUUUCACAAAGGAUGCCUGUAAGAUCAGAUGUUAGCAUUAUAGCCUGAGGAUUCUGUUACCCUGUCUUUU